AUGCUGCGCAUCCUUGGGCUCGUCGUCGCCGUGGAGGCGGCCCUGGAGACCGCGACGCUGCCCACGUCCAUCCCACGACCAUCGACGAAGAACGUGUCCAACGUCUUCCACAACAACACCAGCCCGGACAACAUCACUAUAACCGCCGACAGCAGAUCGCUGCUCGUCGACGGCCGCCGCUGGUUUCCAGUCGACGGCGAGCUGCACUUCACGCGCGUGCCGCGAUUCAUGUGGCGCGAGGAGCUCCGGCGCGUCAAGGCGGGCGGCUUGGAUCAGGUCGCGACGUACGUCUUUUGGAACCACCACGAGGAGCUCCGCGGCGACUACGAUUUCUCCGGGCGGCGCGACCUGCGCGCGUUCCUCGAGACCGCGCGCGACGUCGGCCUGAAGGUGCUCCUGCGGCUCGGGCCGUGGUCCCACGGCGAGGCGAAGAACGGAGGGCACCCCGACUGGGUCCUG